CCAGCUGGAAGAAGACAGAAGACUUGGCUUACACACCAGCACCAUCAUUCGCAUCUCAUCUAUUCUACUCGAUCAAACAAUAAUAACCGAUUAUUCCCACUUUUCCUUUUCUUUUUCUUUUGAUUUGGGCUUUCGGUUUCACGUUACAUAACGCAACGUUUGCAGAAAAGCCAAGCUUGUCUUCAGUUUCUCUUUGUCGCUAGUAACAGAAUAUUACAAAGUAACGGCUUUCUGAGUGGAGCGCUUGAUUUCGUUUGGUGGGUCAACUUCAAGUUUCGAUUUUGUUCAUUUUUCUCUCGUCGAUUGAGAAGGCUCAGUUGCAGAGACAGUGGGGGUGGGACGGUUAUGGCUUUUUGCCCAAUUUUUUGUUGCGGAAAUGGUUCGGAUCGCAAAGGACGAGGGAAGAAACAACCUCCAUGGCGGGUGUUUUCUUUGAAGGAAUUACACUCCGCUACUAAUAAUUUCAACUAUGAUAACAAACUUGGCGAAGGGGGAUUCGGCAGUGUGUACUGGGGCCAGCUCUGGGAUGGAUCGCAAAUUGCAGUGAAAAGAUUGAAAGUUUGGAGCAACAAAGCAGACAUGGAAUUUGCUGUUGAAGUUGAGAUGUUGGCUAGAGUACGACACAAGAAUCUUCUCAGUCUACGUGGCUAUUGUGCUGAAGGUCAGGAACGGUUAAUUGUGUACGAUUAUAUGCCAAAUUUGAGCCUGCUCUCUCAUCUUCAUGGACAGCACUCAGCAGAAUCCCUUCUUGAUUGGAACCGGCGGAUGAAUAUCGCAAUUGGGUCUGCUGAGGGAAUUGCAUAUCUUCACCACCAGUCAACGCCACACAUCAUCCACAGAGAUAUCAAGGCAAGCAACGUGUUGUUGGAUUCGGAUUUUCAGGCACGGGUUGCUGAUUUUGGUUUUGCCAAGUUGAUCCCUGAUGGGGCAACACAUGUGACUACAAGAGUUAAGGGCACCCUAGGCUACCUUGCACCAGAAUAUGCUAUGUUAGGUAAAGCAAAUGAGAGUUGUGAUGUCUACAGUUUUGGAAUUCUCCUUCUAGAACUUGCUAGUGGCAAAAAACCACUUGAGAAACUUAGUUCUGCAGUGAAGCGAUCAAUAAAUGAUUGGGCGCUGCCAUUGGCUUGUGAGAAGAAAUUCAGUGAACUGGCAGAUCCAAAACUUGAGGGUAACUAUGCGGAGGAAGAGCUUAAAAGAGUGGUUUUAAUUGCUCUUUUAUGUGCUCAGAGUCAGGCAGAGAAGAGACCCACCAUACUCGAGGUAGUAGAGCUACUAAAGGGAGAAUCCAAAGAUAAGUUGGCUCAGUUGGAAAAUAAUGAACUCUUUCAGAACCCUCCAGCUGUAGGACAUACUGAUGAUGGGACCGUUGCUGCUGAAGGCAGUUCAGAUUUCAUCUCAGAAGAGAAGGAAUCAAAACAUGAGUUGGAAGAGAAUACUGAGCCAUAAACUAUGCAAAAGAAAUGGAACUAUGGAUUAUUGGAUUUGAUAUGUUAAAUACGGAUUGAUUGUGAAUCUGCAGGAUUGCUUUUUUUGUAUUUACUAUUUUUGUUACUUGUGCAGAGAAAGACUGGGCGCCUAUUUAUUAUAGAGGUGACUGCAUGCUUGUUUCUACUUGCACACUAUGAAUGUGGCUAUGAAUCAUGCAGAAUUGCUGAAAGUCUGUAACUAGGAAUUUAUUGUUAAAUAUAGAUUGUGAAGUUUUCAAAA